UUCUGCACAAAUGUGUAUGCCGUGUUGCCGAACGCGUUUCAGUAUGAAUGCGCGCUGCUGCUGCUCAUUCUCUCUGUUUCUCCAUCUAUGCAUGGACUAUACUAAAGAUACUAGCUGUGCCGCGCGCAUUCUACUGUUUAUGUUUGGUUUGAGAGCGGAACGACGGCACGACGAACCGACAGCACGAACAGCAAGAAAAAAAAUGAAUUUUGAUAUGCCUGUAUCAAGAGUGUGUGCGGUGAUGAUGUGACUGAGGAGGCACUGUGUGCCAACAAAUUGGAUGAACACAGUUUAGUCGGUAUUGUGCGUUCUGAUCGUCAUAACGUUAUAACGUCGGUUUUGUUGUUUACGUUGAAUGGAAAAAGCGACGAGAGCGCGAUAUAUUUCUUCGCCAGUAUACGAGAGCUACGAGAAUUUAUAAGUCGAGAAGAACAGAAGAGAACCGAGUGAACAUUGUAUUCUUUACCCGUUGAUUAAAUGGCAUUUAUUUGUGUAUCCAUAACUAUGAAAUCUUAGUUUGCCCAUGUGAAUUGAACUGAGCGAAAAAAUCAUAUGUGUCGAGAUUGGGAGAUUCAAUCCGGGGAAAACGAAGAAAAACCAAGUCUCACCACCUAAUAUUAUUCGGAGCGUCUUGUAAAUCGAAUUUAAAUCAGUGUCAAUCGAUAACAACAUAACGAUUGUAUUACAUUAAGAAGGACGCCGUCUUUCGAGUUAUUUCAUUACAUAGCAUGUAUACGCAAAAAAAAAAUAAACAAAAGAAAAUCAGAGAGUAAGAGAGAAAAUUUCGUUAGUGAAGAAGAAGCCGCUAAUUGAAUUUGCAUGUGCAACAAAGAAACUUAGUGAAAUCAAGUGAAUGAACACUGGUUAAUGCGGUCAUUUUGGAGUACAUGAACCGCAAACUAGUCGAACAAAUUUGUUUGUAAUUUGCAAAGUUUAACCAAGUUUUCCCGAAUACACAGCAGACGAAGCGUAAAGUACAGUGACUGAGGUGGAUACAAAAGAGGCGCACAAUACAAGCUCCAAAAACAGAAUAAAACACCGAAGAGACUUUCUUAUUAGAGAAGAAAUGAUGGUGGUGUCAUAGUUUCAAUAUACGGCGACAAAAAUUUCGAUAUAGCUUUAAAAUCAUUUUUCGGAUGAAUCGAGUGCCAGAACACAGAAACAGAACAAACAACGUAAUCGAUAUAGACUGAAUGAAAUAUUUGUGAAUGAGGACAGAUAAGAGUAUCUCUGUGGUUGAGUGUUUUCGUGAAUUCUGCGCGAAUUUGAUGAAGACUGACACAUUCGGUAACAGUUUCAAGAGAAUUUCUGAACCGCAGUAUUUGCUCAAUAAUAAUUUUGAAAGAAAGUGCAUGCGGUUCAUAGAAAAUACUGAUUAUUCUUGCAUUGACCCAUGAAUUUCAAAACAAACAACAAAUCAUACCGCAGCUUAACCAUCGCAAACACGCAUAAAGCUAAAAAUACAAAAAAUAAAACACUGAAUGAUAAUAAUUUGAUUCAGGCGAUCCGAAGAAAUAAGCGCUACAUAUAUGUAUGUACUACAGUGUACACGGUGUGUUAUUGAAUGAUUAGACCGAGCAGAGUUGUUGCUGCGGGUGAAUAUCAAUAAUUCAUAAAUAAUUGCAAUUGUAUUCAGUGCGAGGACGGCGAAUAGAUAACAAACCAACGAACAAAGUGAUUGACAUUUGUGCGAUGUUUACAUAUUUUCCGCAUAAAUUUUCGGUUGAUCGUUUGCAAUUCCAAAUACAAGCAAUGUGAGUUUAUAUGUGCAUCAGAGUGAAUGUGAGUGGAAAUAAUUUUGUAACAUUGAUUGAUUGACAUACAGCCAAGCAUCGACACUUAUUUCUCUCUAACUGUCCGGAGCUGAAAUGAUUCGAAUGCAUUUUUGAUAAACGUGAAAGAUAACAAGUGCUGAAUCAGUGAAAGUGGAGUGAUAAUUCAGAAGUUGAUAACGGUGAAUAAAAAUAAAGCCUCCAAAAGAAUAUUUUACUGCCGAUUAAAAUUGGUUUGAAAAAAGAGAGAACGAAAAAAAGCUGAAUUCUUCGAGUAAUAAAUAGUGAAAGAGAUUGAAAUAAAUUGUGUUGGUUAAAAAAAGACAAUAAUUUAUCAACAAAAAAACACCGAAUCGACAUUGAUUUCAUUUUACACCCCGAAGACUAUAAACACGAGGGAUAACGAAUCAUUUAUUAACUGAGACGACGACGACGACGACGACCAUCAGCAACAACAACAACAGCAACAAUAACAACACGAGGCAGCAGCCGAUUCGCUCUAGCUUUCUGGGAAUAUGUAUGGCGCCACCAGCUGAGAUUAUUGCUUGAUUUGUUGUCGAGUUGUCGGACAUACAUGAACAUAAUUUCAGUCAUUUGCUAGUUUUCGUGGCAGCUUUUGGAUUGGGAUUUCUAAAGAUCAAAAAUUCCAAACUACUGAUAUAAGUACAUACGAUUGGAGACGACUGCCUCACCCAAUUCUAACUUUAUCACGACGAAGGCAAAGGAUUCAAAUAACAAAUUCGAAAAACUGAAGAAUAUACUUUGAGCCGGCAUAGGCAAACCGUUUUUUUUUUCUUUUUAAAUAGGUGAUUCACAAAUAAAGUGUGCGGUGAAGAUCUGGUGAGCGUUCGAAGUUUUAUGACAAAAACUACCGAGAAAUAUACUGGAGAACAAACCGCAAAACGUGGUGAAACACAUCAAAAUCAAGCACCGACCACAUUGUAUAGCCUGUAACAAUAACAACAAUAUCAAGCGAACUGCUACCUUUUCGAGAGAGAUUUCCACACCUCAUUCGAAUCACAAUCGUAAACCUGACCAAAACCAACCGAACAAAGACGCCAAGAGAAGCAAGCAAGCAAGAAAUAAACAAACAAAAAUAAAACCGAACCCGAGACAAUAAAAAGGCGUCAUUUAUAUCAUUUGGUGUGACAAAAGGCAGACACGGCGAUAAACCGGGCACAAUAUCAUACCGCAUACUGCAGUAAAACAAUAUCACUAUAGUUGUUUUUUUCUCGAUAUUAAAACGCACACAUCCAUCUGUGUGGCUGAGAGCGCACGCUGCCAUCAUCACCGUCAUCAUUGCUGCCACCGAAUGCGCAUUUGAGAGUCGAAUGCGUUCACUUUUCGUUUUUAUUAGUCGCAAUCCGAUCUGCGUUCCGUUCUACAUUUUUUUUGUGGGGGUUUUCUUAGUUUAACUGUUUAACGAUACAUCGGAAAGCGGACAAAGCUGCUGGUGCUUCAUUUUCAACUGUUUAUGUUCUUAUCGCAAUUCUCAUUCACCGUCUCACCAUCCGGAAUCGUACUGAUAUGCGAUGAUAAAUCGUUGUCGCAAGACCGCAAUUUUCGUGUGCCAAACCAACGACCAUAAAUAUCAUUUCGGAUUACGGAAAAUAACGAUGAAAACACACCGAAAUUGAAAACCGAAACCCACAAACACACAACGCGCAAGAACGUUACUGGACAUAAAAUAGACAAGGAUUGAAAAGCAGCACGGAUAACAUAUACAUAAACGAGAAAACAACAAGCCCAAAAGACCAAAAAAAAAAACAAUAUAAAUAUAUAUAAAAUAGAAUAAAAAAAGUAAAAGCGACACACUGCCUUUCCACCGGAUAAAAAACAGCAAACAAAAACAAACAAAUAUAAAUAUAUAAAACGUAGGAACCUGUAUACACAAAAACGGCCAAAAAAUGUUAUUGCGUAAUGUGAUUGCACGUAAUUUGCUAGUGAUCUGCAUCAUUUGCAUACAACGAUCGGUGCUGGGGUUUUGUCCGGCGAAAUGCACGUGCAAUGGUGAUCAUAAUUUACGCGUAUCCUGCAUCAAUAUUAGCUUGGCCGAUGUACCAAUUCAACUGAAUCCGGAAGCGAAAUACAUUAAUUUAACGAUUAACCAGAUUGCAAAAUUGAAUUAUGCCCUACAAUUCUAUACACAAGUGGAAGUGCUUGAUUUAUCACGAAAUCGUAUCACUGAAUUGGGUGCGAAAAAUUUCGACGGUUUGAAUCAGUUGCGUACACUGAAUUUGAGUCGAAAUGCACUGGAACAUUUGCAUAAAGAUGCAUUUUAUGGCCUAAAAGGUCUGCUAUUGCUAGAUUUAAGCCACAAUAAAAUCACACAAGUUCAUCCCGCUGCCAUGACACAUCUGUUCAAAAUGAUCGACAUGGAUUUUUCCAACAAUGCCGUCAUCAGCUUUGACGAUGGUGUUUUCAAAAAUUUAACAUCAUUGGAACGUUUGUCGCUGGAGAAUAAUGAAUUGGUGGAUGUGCCAGUGGAAAAUUUUGUGCAUUUAUGUAGUUUGAAAUCGCUGGAUUUGUCAGGGAAUUUAAUAGAAUUUAUAAGGAACGACAGUUUUGCCCAACUAAAGGAGUUGACCACAUUUAAAAUUGUCGGCAAUGUCAUCAAUGAUGUUGAUGUUCGAGCUUUUGAUGGGUUACCCAAUCUGAGAUAUUUAGAUUUAGGCGACAAUAAUCUAACGAUUGUGCCAACACAACAAUUAAGUCGAUUAUCAAAUUUAUCGUAUUUAUCGAUGAGUGGCAAUAGUUUUACGUCCAUACCACCGGUAGCUCUAUUAAAUCUGUUCCAUUUACGCGAGCUGCAUCUGGAUAAAUUGGAUCGGCUGCUGAAAAUUGAUUCGAGAGCUUUCGUCGACAACACAUUUCUGCAGAUAAUAACGCUUGAUGAGAAUCCAUCGUUUGCUGAUCUUCCAUCGAAAUUGUUCCAUGGCAAUCCGAAUUUGAUAGAGAUUUCGAUACGUGGCAAUGAUUUGCACACAUUGGACGCAGCCCAUUUUCCAUUGGAUCGUUUGCAUCGGUUACGUUUGGCAAACAAUCCGUUUGUGUGCAAUUGCUCGUUGUUGUGGCUCUGGCGUUUGACAAACGGUCAAAUCAAUGAAAAUGUCGACGCUGGUGAAACUAGCAAUGGUGGAUUGUCAACGGGUGGUAGUGUGAGUGUAGCGGCUGUUUCCGCAAGCAAUAGUAAAACUAUUGCAAAAGUUCCAUCUUCAUCAUCGUUGACAGCAGCAGCAGCAGCAGCAGCAGCAACGACAGUAGCGGAAGCAUCGAAUGCCAACCACAAUCUUCACAAUUCAACGCCUAACAAUGUGCUUAUUUUGGAUGCCGAUGAAAUUGCAUGCGAUUUAUGGGAAGAUUCACAACGACAUACGCGUCAUUUGAUGAAAGAUAUGUCGGCCGGCGAUAUAAAAUGUCCAGCGCACAUUGUAACCAUUGUCAGUGCUGUGCUCAGUGUAUUGCUGAUUGUUGUAACGGGAACGAGCGUUUUAUUCUACAUGCGACGCAUGAAAAAUCGCCGAAACGCCAUGACCGAACGGAAGAAUGUCAACGAGCGCAUCGUACCGCAACAAGUCGACAAAUUGGAAUUGGAACGAUAUUUGGCUGCGCAGGCGGUCGAAAAUGAAUACCGUGCACUACGACAAUGGGAGCUCACAAUGAAAGAGCAAAUCGAAGAGCCUGAUCAUUACGAAAAAUUUGACGAUUUUCGAUUUGAUACGAGACGAUCACAAAAACCGCAUGUCGUUUACGUAUGACUCAAAAACACAUAAGUUAACACGAAAACACACACACACACACACAUUUUUCGACUUUUUUUUUUCUUUUUUUCUUCAAACCUUUCUCUUUUUUUAGUUUAUAUUUUUUUUUUUAAAUAUUAUUAACAUUUUUCAAAAAGAAAAAAAAAUUCAUUGGAUUCUUAUACACAUGCAAAAUAAAUCUAUAAAUAUAUAUUUACAUUCUGAUUCAUAACAAUAAUCAAACUACACUAACAUAAUUUAUGUAAAAAAAAUAUUAUGUGAAUUAUUGAAUAAUUCAAAACAUCUUUAGACAAUUGAAUGAUAUUUACCUAUAUUUAAUAGUAUUAACAAUUAAGAGGAAAAAAAAAUGAAAAAAAAAAAUCCCUAAAUUACAAAAAACAAAUAAAAAUGAUUUGCGAUUCGGUCAAAAAAUCCGAUAUCGUAUUCGAAUUCGAAUUCACUAGUUAUAACAAAGAUGAGCAUCUCAAAGGAAAUGUUGCAUUUAGAUGAACAUUUUAUAGGACACAGGAUUGAAAGUUUUCAAUUUAAAACAAAUUGAGUGCGUCAAUCCGUAAUGUUUGCGUGGAUGGAUGCUAAAUGGGCCCAACACACCGCCAAGAUAGAAUUCAACAAACAAGUCUACUGAGUACCGAGUACACAGUAAAUUUGAAUGGGAUGAAUUGUUAAAAAAAAUUUAUGACGGUAUUACAUACAGAGAGAUGGCACAAAAAUGGAGAAAAUUGUCAAUUUUUUCUCGCCAAGAAAUAAGCAAUAUUAACCGUUAUUAUGAAAAAAAAAUCAAUAGAUUAUACGACCAUUAUACCCAAAUUCGGUUUUUUUCCGUUUGGUGAUUUUUAUAUGUGCAUCGAAUAAACAACUCGUGAAAUCGUACUUCCAAAUAUUUUCAAACGAAUUUCUUCAUUAAAGUUCGAUGUUCAUCCAGCAUGAGAAUACAUGCUCAUUGCUCACCAUUGAAUGUAUCGACCACUUAAAAAUGCUGAAACAACCUUGAAAAAUUUCAAAUUUGGUGUGAAUCAAGUUUUGUUUGUUAUGAUAACCGUUUCAGCCAUGGACUGCUAGUGUCAAGUCACAUAAUACUAAACGCAUCCAUUCUUAAUAGGAAAACAAUGAAAAAUUAAUGGGUGCGUUUAAUAUUAUGCAGCAUUUACGUGCAUUUACGUUCGACACUAGCAGUCGUUGGUUUCAGCUAUCAUAAGAAACUAGGUACACUUUUUUCUUUCGGGAACUCACUUUCCCACUUAUUUUCCAUUCAUUCAUUCUUCAAAUUUCCUCCAUGAAGAAUUUGUGCUUUUAUAAAAAAAAGUGGAAGCUCCAUUUUCUUCAAAAAAUAAAAGAAAGCUCCUCGACCACGAAGAAAAUGAUACAGUUAAACUAAGAUUUUUCGAAAAGGAAAAUCUUGAAGAAAUGUUUGGAAAAUCACCAACCAGACUCAUGAAGCGGACCAGAUGUGUGAUGAAACAGAUGUUUGCUAAAUGAACGGGCAUUGCAUUAUUGCAGCCAACACACAGUCAUGAUUUGAAAAAUCAUAGAAAGUAGUUCGAUCAUUAAUCGACUAUUUUGGAGUCAUUUUUGUGGCGUCUCCACUCGCAUUUAAUUUGUAUUGUAGAAGCUUGCUUGUCAAAGUUCAAACAUCAUUGCAAACAUAUGGAAGUGGAGGAAAUGACGCCAAGCUGCACGAGGUUAUUUCACAAAAUUCCCUCAGCAAACCAACACAUAAAUGUUACGUCUAAAAGGAAGAAGUGUAGCAUACAUCUCAACUUUGUCUGUCAGUUUACUAUUUUCGAACAAACAAUAAAACUAACUAAAAAUCUGAUAGUUCAGCUGAUAAGAUAAAUCACACCAGAUCACAUAAUUGUAAAGUAUUAGAUGUUAAAUUGCAAAAAGAAAAAAAACCAAAAAGGAUUUAAAGUGAGAAGAAAAAUCGAGAGCAUGACAACAAUAAUCAAUCAUCAAAAUGAAUUGUACAUUAAAACUGAUAACAGAAAAGAAAAAUCAAAAUUACAUACGACUAUAUAGAAGACGAUGACCAAGCAGAAAGUUGGCUCAAAGCAAAGAAUGACAAGAGGAAAGAAAAAAAAGAAAAUAUUAAUAAAAUAACUAACUGGUAAGACUAGAAGUUACAAUGGAAUCAAUAUUAAAUCGAAAACCGAUGGAAAAUACACAAAUUGUUAUUCACAAAUUUCUAGCAUUUAGAUUGAGAAUUCAUUAAGAGAAUAAAAAAAGGGCAAUUUCAUUCGAUUUUUUUCCCUUUCCUCCUUCAAACGAACUUCUUUUUUUUCUCUCUUUCUCUCUCAACUUGAUAGAUUAUACUGACUGUAAUGUAUCGUGACGGUCGCGCAUUGAAAGCGCAAAAAUUUAACAAAAAUAAAAGAGAAAUCGGAAAGAGAAUAGAGUCAGCCCAGCUGAUAAAAAGAUGUAUGAAACUGUAAAUAUCAGAAUGAUACCAGAGAAAAAAAGCAUUUAGCAUAUAAAUUCAAAAUGGAAACAAAGCACGAUUAAUCGAAAAGAGUAAUGGACUUAAGUAAGUGCAUGAAAAGAAAAAAAAAAAAACAA